GUGCCAAAGGCGAGGCUGUUGGUGGACUCGCCCGCCGAGUGGGCCAAGAUCGUUGGCCACCUGUACUCGCUCGGUAUCGUGGAGGCCAUCGAGGACGAGCACAUUUUUCAGGUGAAUGAUACGCCUGUUCUCAACGGGGCCUUUGCAGUUGAGAAGAAGUGCACCCCAGAGGCUGGAGAGGUUAGACAGUGCCGCUUCAUCAUGAACAUGGCGCCGGCCAACACCUACCUGAAGAUCAUGACUCAGGACCUCUCGACGCUUGCAGCUUCUACAUCUUGGGUCACUGUGGUGUUGGAGGGCCAGCGUGUGCUGCUCUGGUCGGGUGACGACCAGCAGGGGGCCUUCUUUGUCUGCAAGAUCCCUCGCCCCUGGCGCAGCUUUACCGCGCUCACAGGUCGGGUUCCUGGUCGACUUGUGGGGCGCCCUGAGCUGAAGACUGCGCACGUCUGCUCAGCCGUCAUACCGAUGGGCUGGCUGCUGGCUGUUACGCUAUUCCAACACCUGCACAGACGACUAGGCCUGCGCCCUCCUCCUGCUGGAGCUGGCCUACCUGAUGAGGAUGAGUGGAGGAGAGACAAGCCUCUUCCCAUAGCUCAGGUGGGUAAGUGCCGCGCUUGGUUCCAGUUCUUCAUUGACGACUUCGAUGCCCCCAGGAUCGUCGACAACGCGAGGAAGGAGGUUGGCGUCGGCUCUAGCUACCAGAAGCAGCAGAGGUCAUCUUACCAGCGGAACGGCGUCGCAUGGGCCGAGCAUAAGGCCCACCUGGGCGAGGUCAAGGUCGAGGGGAUGGGCGUGCUUCUGGACGGCCUGCGGGGCCGAGUCUCGGUUCCGCUCUUGAAGCUGUUCGAGACGAUGCUGCUCGGCGCCCUGCUGAUGACCAAGGACUGGGUCUUCUGGAAGACCAUGCUCGUACUUCUGGGAAAGCUGGUCAGGGCGCUGGAGUUCAGGCGCGUGCUCUUCUGCAUCCUGAACGAAGUCUGGAAGUUCGCGGACGGCACCCACUCUUGCUGGGUCAGCUCUGAGAUGACCGAGGAGAUCCUCUGCAGCAUCGGCCUUCUCCCAUUCGCCUUCACGGACCUGCGUGCGGAGGUGGGCGCUAUGGUCACCUGUUCGGACGCGUCAGAAGACGGAGGAGGUGCCUGCACAUCGCUGAAGCUCUGCCCCGAGGCCCUCGCGAAGCUGACGGCGGCCGCCACUGCUGGAGAGGGGGGCCGGCAGCAUCUCAUGGCAGGACGCCUCCUGCUGGGCGAGGCGCCCCUCUGGCGGGCCUGGGGGUCGAGUCACCCUGGCCUGCCGCCGCCCGCUGGCGAUGAGGUGCCUGCUGUCCUAGUCCUUGGGCUCUUCGACGGGAUCGGGGGCGUGAUCGUGGCGCUUUCCAGGCUGCUCACCAAGAUCAUAGGCUACGUUUCGUCGGACGUGGAUCCUUGUGCACGCAGGGUCAUCAGGGAGAGGUGGCCUGGCCUCAUCGACUGGGGUAGUAUCCAGGACGUGGGGGUCGAGCAGGUUGACAGGUUGGUGCAGCUCUUUGGCGGCAUCGUCGACUUCGUGUACUGUGGAGCGGGCAGCCCCUGCCAAUAUCUGUCGAAGUUGAUGUUCGGCAGGAGAGGGCUGGAGGGCAAGAAGAGCGCCCUUUUCAGCGAGAUACCUCGGAUCCUCAACUUGCUCAGCGAGGCAUUCCCUGGCAAGGUGCGCUCCCUCGUCGAGAAUGUCUCUUCCAUGCCGCUCGAGGACAUCGAGCGCAUCUCGCGCGAGCUCAAGGUCACGCCCUACUGUUUCUGCAGCAGCUGCCUGGUUCCCAACGGGAGACCGCGGCUGUGCUGGUUGUCCUGGCAGCUCCUGCCAUGCGAGGGCUACUGCUACCAGAACAAGGGUCACUUCAUUGAGGUCACUGCCGACGGCGCGGAGCGCGUGGAGCUGCCCUGGGCGAAGGCGCGCUGGAAAAAGGGCGAUCAUCGUUAUCACGUCGGCCUCUACGAGCGCGCCUGCCUUCUCCAGCAUGAGGCCACCAUGGAGCUCCGUCCCCCGUUAGCUGGGGAGAGAGAGGUACUCUUGGGGUUCGAUCGGGGCUACACUGAGUGUGCCGUGAAGGACGGGUCUGGCUCGAGCUCUGAGACCGCGCGUUGUUUCCUGCUCGGCAACAGCUUCUCGAUCUAUGCCGUGACAUGUCUGCUGCAGCACGCCCUGGUCGCUGACGAGUACCAGCCGCGGUUGUGGGAGCCCCGAGCCCUAUGCCACAUCGGAAGGUGCAGGACUCCUUGGAACGACAACGCGGUGUACCAUCAGAGCAACGACUACCAGUACCAGCCCGAGGCGGAGCAGCUCGUGAGGCACUACCUGUCGAUCGCCGAGCGGGGAGGCACGGGCGUGCGCCUGGACGUUCACCUCCCAUUCAGGCGCCGGGCGUGGCCUCGCGUUUCGCUGGAGCCCAACGUCUGGGCGUGGAAGGUGAUAUCGAGCUACAGGUGGCGCGCUGGAAUCGGGAAGCACAUCAACGCUCUAGAGAUCCAGGCGGCAGUGAACACUAUCAAGUGGCGCCUGCGGUCAGGGCAGGGCCGCCCCAGGCGUAUGCUGCACCUCAUCGACAGCCAGCUCGCCGCCUCGGUGCUCACGAAGGGCCGCAGCAGCAGCAGGGUCUUGCGGAUGCAAGUCAAGCGCUGGGGAGCUUUAUGCUGGGCGACAGGCUGCUACGUCAUGCUUGGCUACAUCGCGUCGGUACUCCAGCACCUGCGAGGCUCCCAGAGGCUCUCAGAUCUCAGGGUCAGCGCGGUUACGCUCAGGAGGUGCCGCAUCGCCGUCGCGGAGUUCCUCGCCUUCGCCAUCGAGGGCGUCUUCCCGCUGACUAGCUCUGCCGAGGCUGAUCGCGCUUUGGGCGCCUACGUGGAGGACCAGUGGGCGAACGAUGGUACGCUCAGCCAUGGCCGCUACGCGCUCGCAGGCUGCCUCUUCUUCGCCCCCGAGCUGCGCACCGCCCUGCCGUUUGCGUGGUCCCUGGUCAAGACGUGGCAGAAGCUGGCGCCCAUCAACCGCGCCUACCCGGCGAGCCCCGAGAUGGCGCUCGGGCUUGCGGGCGCGGCGCUGGCGGCUGGCCAGUCUCUGUUGGCAGCUUUGGUCCUCGUCACGUUUGACGCGAUACUUCGAACCAAAGAGUUGCGAGACCACACCUAUGAGGACAUCGCGUUCGCCGAAGGCGGAGUCAUUUUGCGGCUCUCAGAGACAAAGAUUGGCGUCAGGUCUGGCAAAGUGCAGUUCGUCGUGGUCAGGGCGCCAAUUGCUGUGCACUUGGUGCGAGCUGCGGCGUCCAGCGCGCAGCCGGCUGCGUGGGAGGCCCGCGACAAGGCUCGGCCCGGCGCAUGCGCCAAUAUUCUGCCUGCGGUCGCGCGUCGCGCAUAUAACUUCAAAACGCUGGGCCAACUGAAGGUGCGCUUCAUGGGCGACCUGGAUGGUAUUGGUGGUCCGAGCUUUCUCGCUCCCGCGCUGAGCCACUUGCCGACGUGCGGCCAGAACUCCGCAGAGGGCUCUCUGGAUUUGGCGGCUGUCCAUUGGGCGCUCGUCUCGAACCUGGCGGGGGCCAUGGCGUUCAACCUCGUGUUGUUCUGUUCUGCGACCAGCCGCAGCCGCGACUAUCUUUUGCCCUGCUUGAAUGCCUCCACAUGGUUCGUCUCCCAGGCUGGCGCCAUCUACUACGGCUGCUGGGCGAGCCUGCUGUUGCAGACGCAGCUCGCGUUCUGCGCGCUCUUCGUCCUGGGGGGAAACCGGCUCCUCGCGACCGUCGCCCCGUGCGUCGCCGCGUGCUGCGCGCUGGCCGCCCUGCGCCUGGGCUGGGGCUCUCGCGCCGCCCUCGCGGCCGACCUGGCGCUGCUCUUGCGGGGCGCCCUGUUCGCGGAUUGGGGCGCAGCCGCGGGGGCGGAGGCGCUUGUGGAGCUGCUCGAGCCAGAGGCGUGGCGCGAGGCGCUCGCGGAGCUGUCCCAGCUGGAGGUGUGGCGCGAGGCGAACCUGGAGAAGAUCGCCGAAACGGGGCGCCGGGAGCACUGGCUGUUCGACGCCAGUGAGGACAGGGGCAUGGCGAAAGGCGUGGGGCAGCUGGCCAACGAGCUGCGGCUCAUCCCCCGCUUGCGCCAUCCGAGCACCGUCAACUUCCACGGAGUGUGCAUCGACUCCGAGAAGGGGGCCAUGACGCUAAUGAUGGAGCUUAUCAGGGGCAUCGAUUUGGGUCGCUUCAUGCACGUGCAUCGUGAGCGGGUUGACGAGCCGUGCCCGACCAGGAUGUUUCUAGACUUGUUUUCUGCGAUCAGGUAUCUUCGGGCGCCCAAGCCGGUCAUCGUGCGCGGCGACUUGAAGCCUGAGAGCGUCAUGGUGGAGCAGCGCGCUCUUGGAUCGAACGUGUGGGCGCAGGUCAGGCUGAUGGAUUUCGGUGGCUCUCGCGUCCUGGGCGGCGCCGAGAAGCCGAUGGGCGGCGCGCUUGGGUGGAAGGCGCCGGAGGUGAUCCUGACCAAGAAGUGCCCCCCCUGCGCCGCCGCGGACAUCUUCUUCCUGGGCCGCGUCGUGGUCUUCGCGAAGAGCGUCAAGCGCGCCUUGCUCGACCGCGUGCCAGCGGUGCCCGACCGGCCGAGCGGGCGCAGCGGUGUGCCGCGGAGCGCAAAAUGCCGCCGCCUGGUGGAGGAGCGCUCGCU